GCCAUAGCAACCGUCAAACAACAAUUCUAAUGCGCCUGUCGACAAUUCUAAACACUUCGAUAAUUGUGUGAAAAAAAUAAUUAGUUGACGUUACUUAUGGAUUAUUCAGAGGGCAGUGCGGGGGCAAAGAGGUCGGACGCGAUUCGACCAGUGUCCAGACGUGGGUAUAGAGAAUAUACCAACACAGGCUCUGCUGUUUCUAGAAGCAGCACGAUGAGACCAACUUCAGCAUACCGAGGCAAUACGGCGUCGCGGCUCUCGACAGCCGGGUUCGGUCCCGCGCCCCCAACGGCUAGCCGGCAGCCUACUGCUAUGACUGGUUUCUCCAUGAUUGACAGACCGAUAACCCAGCAAGGUAUAUCAGGUCUUAGAACAGGCACAGCUCGAGGCUUCCGCACUCGACAACUGCAGGACAAGAGGUACUGGGAAGAGCUGAUGCAGGUCAAAGUACGGGAGAUGAAGGCAGAAAUAGCUAGACUCAGUGAACAGGCAGACGCGGGAGAAAGAGAGAGAUCCGCUAAGAAGCACUACGAGAAAAGAGUUAGAGAGUUGGCUUUGGAAUUGACUGAUUUACAAGGUCGUCUGGCAGACUAUAACACAGCCAUAAGAAUCGCUAAUGGUGAGGCAUCUAAACAAUCCGUGGAAGAGCAAACUCGAGACCUGGAGGCGAGCAAUCAAAAGAUGCAAGAAGAAGUAGAACAGGUGUUUAUGGAGAAACAGAGGAAAGAGAACCAGCUCAGGCAGCUGCGAGAACAGAUGGACAAGGAGCAAUCCACGAUUACAAAACUACUAGGAGAAAUGACUCAGGAGCAAAAAGAUGAGUACAAUGAAUUGGAAGCUACUGCCACUGCACUGAGGGAAGAGGUGGAACAGGCGAGAACACAGAUAGACCAUCUCAAUAGAGAGAAGGAAGAGUUCACUAAGGAAAUAUCUGGAUUUCAGAUAAAAGUACAUCUGUUAGAAUUAAACAGGCGACUAGUUGCAGCUGAAGAAAAACGUGAUAACAUUAAGAAUGAGUUAAACAAUCGUUUGGAUCCUCAAGAAGAAAGGGAGAAACUAUUGAGCCAGGUUCGCGAAGAUAAUGCUGCUAUUGCUUCAUUGGACAGUAACACCGCUAACUUAAAGGAACAAAUCAAAAAGGUGCAGGAGCUUAUUGAACAGGCGGAACAGGAUUUAGAAGAAGGUAACUCUGAGCGUCACCAAAAGUACCGCGAACUAAAGAAGCGUGAAGAAACCAUGGACACCUUCAUGGGAACGUACGAUGAAAACCUAAGGAAGGAACAAGAAAAAAUAGACCAACUGGAAAAAGACAUCGUAUUCUCCUUAGAACAUAGUAGCUCGAACAUCGACUUGGAUUUGAGUGAAAUUGAUUCGUUGAAACAGAAAGAAGGGUACACCUCCCAAUAUGAUGAUAGCAAGAAGUCUAUAGAUACGUUGACUAAAGACUAUGAGAGGUUUCAGAGUAAUUUGAAAAAGGCGGAAGCAACCCGAGAACGUCUAGCAACAGAACUGCAGACCUUACCAGAAAAGACGAAAGUAAUGAAAGAAGAAUUGCUAACACUUUCUGAUCUGGAAAAACUGCGAGAUGAAGGUGAAGAACAGAAGAAGGCUUUAGAAACCGAACUUCAGCAACUCAGGGAGAAACUGAUUCCCACUGAAAGCGCUGUCAUAGAAGCUACAGGGAAGUUGAAAAAAUUACAGGCCAGUCUUGACGGAAACGAAAUGUAUGCAAAACUAAACGGAUUGGAGGAGGAACUAGCACAAUUAGAAAACAGGAAAACUGUGCUUGAAGAGGACAUUGCGUCUAUAACUUUGAAGGCAGAUUACGCACCGUUAAAGAAGCAAGCGAUGGACGAAUUAAAUACUUUGAACAAGAAAAUUAUAGAAGAUCUGAUCAGUGUUAAGUCUUAUUGAUUGGUUUAAUUAAAAUAUCUAAUGUAA